AUCGUGCACAGAUCUUCCGCUUUCAAAUCUGGAGUAAAAAAAAAUAAGCAAAGGGGUGGUCUGAGAUUUGGAGAGCCAGAAAACAUUUUAAAGUCAGCAGCUUUCUAUAUUUAAGAAGAGAUAAUGUGCAUUUCUUUCUUUCUUUCCCCCUGAGCUCCACGGAGCAUCUGUCCAGACUUUUGACAGCAACCUUUCAGCUCUCCCUGGUGUUGCUUCUUUAUUUCCUUCUGCCAGAAUCAGCAGCAAAAGGGGAAGACUUGGAAAGGAUGCUCUCCAAGUGAAAGCAAGCAUGGGGAGGGGAGUGACUUGACAGGGGAGGAAGAAAGGAAGGAAGGAAACCUGCCUCCUCUUCUCUCUUUCCACUUUUUAUUUUUGGUGCAUCUGGUCCUCUUGCCAUCGGAGCAGGUCGCACAGCAAAAGGGCACGUCUUCAGAGCCGUAUUUCUAGUGCUGUCUCUCUUUGGGGAAAAUAAACAUCCUUGAAGUUGCUGAAUUCUUUCUUUGCAAAUCCAAGCAUCUCUUAGGAAACUGGAGAAUCUCUGAAAAAAGAAAGAGUCCUGAGCCUGGAGAGAAGAAGAUGCUCAGCCCAGGAGGAGAGCCAGGCAAAGGCAUCUCCUCCCGCCUUGCAGAUGCUUGUUCUUGCAGUGGACGAGGUUGACCUCAAGCCAUCCCUUUGGUCUGCACCUGCUGUCCACACAGCAGUGAAUCCAAAGGAUGUUGAUAAGGAUCGGUCCUGGUUGUUUUUUGGAGCAGCAACUUCCCAUCGUGGAGGAAACGGAGGAAGAGUCUCCCAGGAAGAGGUCCACCCCAUCUCCAUUCAUGACUGAGGGACCUUCCCAAGCGAUCAAACCAGACCUGCUUCCCACCAAUGCCACCAACGUGACAGACUGUGGGGAGGAUAUCUUGCUCUAUGGGGACACGGAGAAGGUCGUCAUAGGGACGGUCCUUUCCGUCAUCACCUUGUUGACCAUCGCAGGCAACAGUUUGGUCAUCAUCUCUGUGUGCAUCGUCAAAAAGCUCCGGCAGCCGUCCAACUACCUGGUGGUCUCCUUGGCAGCUGCCGACUUGUCUGUGGCCUUUGCCGUCAUGCCCUUCGUCAUCAUCACAGACCUGGUGGGAGGAGAGUGGCUCUUUGGGGAGGUCUUCUGCAAUGUCUUCAUCGCCAUGGAUGUCAUGUGCUGCACAGCGUCCAUCAUGACUCUCUGUGUCAUCAGUGUUGACAGGUACCUGGGCAUCACACGGCCGUUGACGUACCCGGUGAGACAAGAUGGGAAGCUGAUGGCCAAGAUGGUGUUCAUCGUCUGGCUCCUCUCUGCCUCCAUCACCCUCCCUCCGCUGUUCGGCUGGGCCAAGAACGUCACUGUGGAGCGGGUGUGCCUCAUCAGCCAGGACUUUGGCUACACCGUCUACUCCACCGGCGUGGCCUUCUACAUCCCAAUGAUAGUCAUGCUGGUGAUGUACCACCGCAUCUACAAGGCGGCCAAGGCCAGCGCCCAGAAGCAUCGCUUCAUGGACCUCCCAAGAUCCCACGGACUGGAGGGAGUCUCUUGUGCAGAAACCAGCGCUCGGUGCCAACCCAGCAACAAGCGCAACAAGGCGGCGGAGGAGUGCGCCACGCUGUCCAAGCUCCUGCGUCAAGACCGCAAGAACAUCUCCAUCUUCAAGAGGGAGCAGAAGGCCGCCCGCACCCUGGGCAUCAUCGUGGGGGCCUUCACCUUCUGCUGGCUGCCUUUCUUCUUGAUGUCCGCCGCCAGGCCUUUCAUCUGCGGGAGCCACUGCAGCUGCAUCCCACUGCGGCUGGAGAGGACCCUGCUGUGGCUGGGCUACGCCAACUCCCUCGUCAACCCCUUGAUCUACGCCUUCUGCAACCGGGACCUGAGGACUACCUUCUGGAACCUGCUGAGAUGCAGCUAUCGCAACAUCAACCGGAGGCUUUCGGCAGCCAGCAUGCACGAGGCCCUGAAAGUGACAGAGAAGCAUGAGGGCAUCCUGUAGAGGACUGGGAACUCUCUAGGCCAAGCAUGUGCAAAUUUGGAUCCGCCAGGUGUUUUGGACUUCAACUCCCACCAUUCCUAACAGCCUCAGGCCCUUUCCUUUUGGCCCUCAGCCGCCUAAGCGGCUGAGGGCCAAAAGGAAGGGGCCUGAGGCUGUUAGGAAUGGUGGGAGUUGAAGUCCAAAACACCUGGAGAUACCAAGUUUGCCCAUGCCUGCUCCAAGCUUUUCUGGAGAUUGCAUUGCUACAUGCUGAGGGACUUUUUCUGGACUUAUUCACCUACCUAGAAAUGAAAGAACAGGGCUUCCUUGGUCUUACCCAAAAAUAGUGCUGAGCAUCCAUUCUUUACGUUGUCCUUUUUUUUUUUUUGGAAUAGCUUUGCAAAUAAGUCUAAAUUGCCAUGGUUCGGUGCUGUGGAACCCAGGGCGUUGUAGUUCUGCAAGGUCUUUAGAUUUCUCUGCCAAACUACAGAUCCCAUCAUCCCACAGCAUUGAGCCAUGGCAGUGGUGAAGAUGCAACAUCCCAACAGGAUUCUCUAGCUUCGGCAUCGUCUUUUGGCCUCUUCUACUCUGUUUUGUGUUGGGAAAAUUUACAAAUCCCCCUUUCCCGGUGGGAAUCCUGCAUAAUAAUAAUUACGUAAUCUUCGGUGUUGACAAAAUGUCAACAGUGAAAGUACAUUUAUGCAGCAAGCAAAGAAUAAAAGUCCAGACCAAACCAAGCAAGCAAGCAGGCAGGCACAUCUGCCUUCUCCAAGUGUGUAUGACUAUACGUCCCAUAAUCCCCAGUCAACACUGGCCAUACCUGCUGUGCAUUAUGAGAGAUGUAGUCUCCUACGUCUGAUAAAUGCCUGGUCUGAAGGCUAUCCUGCUGCUUUGAACGUUGUUUAAGAAACGCUCCUUAUAUCUCUGAUAAAUGCAAGCAGGGAGACUGUGUUCUUCCAACAAUCCUAUUUAGGGGACUGUUUCAACCAAUGACUUUAAUUUAAAAAAAAAAAACUAGUAUGGAAGUAUUUUCACUGGCUAUAAGAAAAACAAACCAUCAGCAUGUCAAACUGAUAUUGUGAAGAUAUUAAUUACAUGUGUUUUUGUAAACACUGCAUUAUUGGGUCAGGUGGAGGCAGGAGAGAGACCCGCUUUUCCAAGGGUUAAAAGUAAAGGUCCACUGUAAUUUAAGAGUAUAAAUUGAAUAAAGAUGUGACUAAUUUA